AUGCUGAUCUACGUCAGCGAGAAUGUUGGCAGUGGAGCAGAACUACUAGUGCAGACGCUGGAAACAAUAUAUCACUUCGAAAGGAUACCCACAGAUAUCACAAUUAAUGAUGAUCAUACCGCUUACAUUGUAGAUUAUGCGACCGCCAAUUACACGAAGAAUCUGGUGUUCCAAGGUAUUUUAGGUCUCGAACAGCUUCAAAUGCUGGAGAAACGACCCUUUUUCAUGCAUAUGACCAUAGAGGCGGCUUUACGAGUUAGAUUACAGGUAUGGUGCGAUAACUACAAUGACGGUCAAAAAGAUACCGAAAAGUUUCUACAACACACAGAAGGAAUCCUUGAGCGGUAUCCAGAUUUACCAAUGGUAUUUGGCCGAGCAGAUGUGAAAAUAUACGUAAGAAUUCAGGAGAAACUAAAACUUGAUGUUUUAGCGAAAGAGCUGGACCGACCUUUGAAAAGUGCUUGUCAAGGACGCGAUGUAACGAGUCCUUUUGCACACACGACACCCUUCAGGCCGGAUUGGGAUACGUACUUUAUGAAGUUAGCAACUCUAGCAGCAUCGCGCUCGAAUUGCAUGAAAAGACGGGUUGGAUGUGUUAUCGUCCGUGAUUACAGAGUGAUAGCGACAGGUUACAACGGUACACCGCGCCAUCUGAAGAAUUGUCAUGAUGGAGGUUGUGCUCGCUGUAAUAGUGGCGAACAUUCUCAGCUCAGUAGUUGUUUGUGUCUUCACGCCGAAGAGAACGCUUUGCUAGAAGCUGGUCGCGAUCGCGUAGGCUUAAAUGCAAUUUUGUAUUGUGAUACAUGUCCUUGCUUGACAUGUUCUGUUAAAAUCGUACAAACCGGCAUUCGCGAAGUUGUUUAUUCUCAGAGUUACCGAAUGGAUGAAGCUAGUUUCAAGAUUCUGCAAGAGGGAGGGGUGUUGGUACGGCAAUUCAGUUUCAAGGAAGUACCACACUAUAGUGUGUUGUGA